AUGGAAUCUGAGCAUAAAACAUAUUCAUACUAUUAUAAAUUCAUGAAUAAAUUUCCUUAUUGUGAAGAUACUAUACAAAAGCUUCUUAAUGUUUCUGGAAAUACUUAUAAUAAAUUUUGCUCUGCAAUUGCGGAAAAUUUUAAAUUUAAGGAAAAAGUUAAAAACGAAUUUAUUCAAAAAAUAUGCCCACAAGCUCAUGCAUAUUUAUAUGAUAUAAAUAUUAAUAAAGAAUAUGCAGAAUAUAAAAAAGCAGGAUGUAGAUACUAUAUUUAUUGGUUAUAUGAUUAUCUUAAAAAAAGUAUUUAUACUAGCUAUACAAAAGAGGUUUACGAAAAAAUGAUGAGUGAUUAUCCCUUGCAUAAUGGAAUGCAGAAGUAUUGUUCUGAUUACGAGGAAGAAGUAACAUUUGAACAAUUGGAAGAACUCACAGCUAUAUAUAAAUCCUAUAAAUGUAUUAAAAAAAUAAAUGAACAAGAUGUAUCUGAGAAUCAGAGAAAAUAUUGCAAUGCUUUAAAAAAUAUUAUAGAAGAAAAUCAAAAACAAUCAGUGAAUAAAGUUUGUGAGCAUGCUAAAUUACAAAUAUCAUCCCCUGUAGAAAAUAAUACACAAGAAAUAGCAUGUUCUUGUCGAUCAAAUAUUGUAAAUACUAUUGCAGCUACAAUAAUAGUGACGUUACUAAUAUUGUUUUUUUUGUUAUUUGUGUUUAAGUAUACUUCAUAUGGUUUAUUUUUGCGCCAUAGAAUAAAAAGGAUAAGAAAAAAGCUGGAUAAUAUUUCUAAUAUAUGGAAUAUAUCUAAACGAACCGAAGUACCCAUAAAUAUUCUCAACAGUGGGAUCUAUGAUAUGCUGUACAAUGAAUCCUAA